CGCCACCUAGUAGUCACAUGUUACGACUGUGUGAACGAGAACGCAUGACAGGAGAGCUGGAUUUUAAAAGUUGAUUUAAACGCUUGAAGUCACAUUAAUGAUUAAGACUCCAGUUCGAUAACUGAUCUGUGUGAGUGGAGACAAACCUCACAGUAAUAACUUGGGAGUUACUUUAAAUUGAGUGAGACAUAGCAAUGGCACAAUACGAUGUUCCUGAUGAGAGCGACCUCAUGGAGUGUCCUUACGACCCCGUCCACAUGAUACGGGCCAAGAGGUUCCCCUAUCACCUGAUGAAAUGUCGCAAGAACUAUGCUGGAAAAGACAUGAAGACGUGUCCUUUCAAUGCCAGACAUGUUGUGCCGGGACCAGAGCUGAGGUAUCACAUUUCACGCUGUCCAGAUAAAGCCAUGCUACAGCAGGAUGUGAAGAAUGCCAUGGAAAAAGAAGAAGACGAGGGUGCAUAUUUCAAAGGAAACACCUCCGUACCCACAUAUUUCCCAGAGUGGGACCGACCCGAGCCUACGGAAGACUGGGAUGCAGAGACUCCUGGGAUACCUAGAAUAGGCGUGGACCCUAAGGAGCUGAACAACCCCACUAGAACUUAUAUCAAGGACUUGGUGGGAAUGACUCCUGCAGAGAAGAAGAGACACAAGAACAGACUUCAGAGAAGAGCACAAAGAAUACAACAGGGGCUUCCACCAGAUGCCUCGGAUGAAGAAGAGAAUGAAGAGAAGCCUGGAUCCCAACCAGAGUCCCAGCCACGUGAGGACAGUCCCAGUGGGCAGCUCCGGCUGCCCAAACAGGCCGCACAGACCCUGCAGAUGGCCCAGCAGAGCAGGGCAGCGGUCAAGCAGCAAGGACCGUCCAGUGUGUUUGCUUACUCUCUCAGUCAGGCUGGCCUAGGGAGAGGAGUUGGUAGAGGACUGGGGAAUGGUCAGAUUGGUGCUAACGGAAUGGUGCCCCCAGGGUUCUCUGCACAAAAUGGCGUCCUGUCCCACAGCGAGAAUGCACAGAUGCUUGCCAACCUAGCUCGCGGGCGAGGUAUCGCUAGGGGGAUAGCUCGUGGCAGUCCACCCUCUAUGUCUCCUACUCGACCAGGUUCAACACCCCCAGGUGGAGCCCCAGUUUUCCAGGUGGGCAGAGGGCGUGGCAUUUUGACCACUGGUCAGCCAGGUUCUCCAUCCUUUGUGGUGCCGAACAUAAGCCAGUUACAACAGCAACAGAAUGUGGGUCAAGGUGACCAAGUUCAAGGUCAGGGUGAUGUGGGUCAAGGUCAGAAUGAUGUGGGUCAAGGUCAGGUGCCCCAGGAUGGAGAUGAAAAAGAAGAAACGGAAACAGCUGAGGUGCAGAGGGUGAAGGCCAUCAGGAAAAUCCAGAAGAAGCUGAGACAGAUAGCAGACUUGGAGGCUGAAGGCAAAGAAUUGGAUGAAGCUCAGAUGGAAAAAGUCUCUAAGAAAGUGGAACUGGAAAAUGAAUUACAAAAACUCCA